AUGUAUCCAAGGCCCAACUUCAGCGUUUUGCUCGCCUUGUCGCUUGCACUCAACAUCGCGGGCGGUAACAGCGACAGAGAUGACAGAAUACAGCCGGAUCGCGAGUAUGCCAGAGACAGGGCGCACAUGGUCUUUAACGCAGUCCACUCCGCAGGAAGACUAUGGGGCUCUGCCUUAUAUCACAACGGGUUUGGUUUCUUCCCGGCUACAGUGCCCAUGGGUACUACAUUUUAUCACGGCUCCCGAUCUAAUGAUACACCGUCCAGCCCAGAAUGGCUGGCCUUCGAUAUCGAGCACGCUGAGAACUUUGCACGCUCUUUUAGAUCUAGACGCGGCAGAGGGCGUCCGGGACGCCCUCCACAGACCAAAAGUUCGAAUGAAAAGGUAAUUGGAACAGGAGAAAUUGAGCCUGAAAGCGAAGAAUACCGGGAAGAAUUACGCCGGCGUAGCGACGACACGAUCCUUAGUACUGGCGAUGCGGAAACUGAUGUUAGCGAGACAACCGAGGGCGAUGAUCCUGUGAACUUCCGUGGCUACCUCCAUACGUAUCAAACAAGCCGUGAACUAAAUGUUCUUGUUGUUGACGGUAUGAGUGCUGGAAAGACCAGCAUGGGUACACUGGAUUCCCAAGACCUCCUGCUCCGGGAAAACAACACGAGCGGUAAACUGGACGAGUGGGACCGAGCUCUUGAUUUGUGCAAACUGGCUUCUGAAUGGGGUUUGGAUGGGUUUGUUCGGGCGGAGAUUGGCGUUGAGAUCAUCAAAUGCGACUUUGGCAACGGCUUGAACCUGGAUAGCAUGAUACGCACGGAGUUGCACGACAAGACCAUGGGAGGAUUUCGCCUAGCUAUGUUCCAGUGGGUGAGGGCGGUUGCUGAGCGUUACGAUGGGGUUGGGGCUGAUCGACUCCGGAUUGAUUUCUCUUCGAUGGUAUCUGGGCUGUUCUUUCCUGUCAACAUCUCCAGCACAAUGCCAGAACGACCAGAUCUCAAAAGGCUCGGCGCAGCAACACUUGACGAGCUCAGAGACAUCAAAAAGUAUCUGAAAGAUAUUCUGCGUCAACCUCGGAGGUUUACCGUGAACUGGCAGGGCACUACCGACCUUAUCAUCAACCGGUAUAGCAAGAGACUGGCACUCAUGGCACACAGGUCCUUAUCGUUGCGCCACUUUGUCGACGAGAUCGAGUCUGCUACACUGACCUGGGUCGAUGCACCACCAGCGCCUGACGACGUUUCCAUGGCAGGCCGAGAGGCAACGAACCGGACUGCAGAUGCUAUUGAGCAAUGCAGAAUUCAUUAUCUCCGGCCAGCUCUGUCGGCUAAGGAGCGAUGGAGUGCUGAAGACGAGUUGAUAUACACAUCCUUCGAUGCAGUGCUUAAUGUGAUCUGCCAAACACUGUUUUCGGUGCGCAGUCGACUGCUCGAAGCAUCUGGCUCAAAUUUGACCGAUUAUAGGAUCAAAGGUGACAUGGAUAACAAUGCCGAACUGGAAAAGGCGAUAGAGGAUGGUCGGAUUACGAUCCAAGAACUGAUCGACACGCUAGGAUGGUCAAUAUGGAAGAGGCCACAACCCUGCGCACCGGACGAGACAUCUAUGAUUGCUAUGUGGCCGUUUGGAACGAAGGAAGACCACUGGCACCCAGGAUGUCGCGCGAUUGACACAGUCCAGCACCCUACUGAUAGCUAUUGGGAUUUACACUUGCCUCGCAGAAAUGCAUGA